GUCAACGUUUUCGUUUCGAAACCAUUCUUGUCUUUCGUAAGAUUUCCCAUCAUUCCCGCACACCGGAAACGGAAACGAGUGUGAAGAUAACGGAUGGUCUGAUGUUCGAGAAAAUAGAUUGCUAAUGCCGGAAAAGAUCACCGUAUUUUGAAACACACAACUAGACACACUGGUUUGAAGAUUAGUAUCAAAGUCAACGGAUUUAAAAAAAGGUGGUGCUGACUUAUUCUUUCUGGGUUUGACUGCAAUGGAGGGCUCAGACAAUGCAGAUCAGGGCAGUAGUGAACAGGCCGAUUCACAACGCAGGCAACAGCAGGACCGCCUUCACCGAGAGGAGGCCUUCUACCAGUUUGUUAACAAUCUGAGUGAGGAGGACUACAGGCUGAUGAGAGACAACAAUCUUUUCGGCACACCAGGUGAAAUUACCGAGGAAGAGUUGUUAAACCGCCUUCAUCAAAUUAGGGAUGGCCCUGAACAGCCACAUAGUAGCAACAGCAGCAGCAACAGUCCUCAAGUCAGUAGGGGGGAGCCCAGAGUUUCUGAGGCAGAGGGUACAGAAGAAGCAUCCAAUGGCGACAACCUUCUUGACUGGCUCAACACUGUGCGUCAAACGGGCAACACCACAAGAAGCGGGCACCGGGGCAACCAGUCAUGGCGGGCGGUGAGCCGAACCAAUCCAAGUAGUGGAGACUUCCGCUUCAGCUUGGAGAUCAACAUCAAUCGCAACAUAGCUGAGCAGCAAACACAGACUGAGGCCGAUCGGCUAGACGCAGAACAAAGCCGCACUGAUGGCACUGUAUCUGAACCUGAGACACCCAUGGAGGCGGCAGAGGUGGUUGAAGAGCCAGUGGUGGAGGAGAUGGCUGUUAUAGUCGAGCCAGAGCUUCCUGCACCUAAUAGCCCAGCUGUAACCCGGCCGACAAGCCCACAAAAUCAGCUCCCAACUUCUCCAAGUCUGCCUCAAGUAGAACGCCCAAGUAGAGGCCAGAUUAGAGCCCGUAGUCCAAGCCCGGAACAGCGCAGAACCAGGGCGCGAACAGCUAGGAGUCAUUUAGCUCUCAGCCUGGACCAGUUAGAUGGGCUUCCGCAGGCUCGCCAUGGUCUACCCUCUCGAAGUCCUGAUCCUGUCCCCGAAGUUCAGGUAGAUGGCAGCUCCAGGACACGACUCCAUGUUCUUUCUCGGCAGAAUAUACAGUUAGAAAAUGAGGAAACUAUAGCAACUACAGAGCCCCAACCAGCACCUCAGCCCCACCAGGAAGUUGAAACGCCUUCAGGAGAAACAGGUGCUUCAGCCCGACGUCCUCCAACAAUAAUGCUGGAUUUGCAGGUUCGUAGAGUGCGACCAGGUGAGUACCGCGAGAGAGACAGCAUUGCCAACCGUACCCGCUCUCGAUCACAGACCUCAAACAACACUUUCUUGUAUGAAACCGAGCGUGGAGGCUUUCGCAGGACCUUUUCACGUUCAGAAAGGGCAGGUGUGAGAACGUACGUCAGCACUAUCCGUAUUCCCAUCAGGAGGAUCUCAGAUGCCGGGCUUGGUGAGGCCACCUCCAUGGCCCUGCAGUCCAUGAUCCGGCAGAUCAUGACUGGCUUUGGUGAACUCAGCUACUUCAUGGACUCUGACUCGGACUCCACAGACUCAAGCCGUGGCUCCAACCCCGCGGCAGAUCUUGCUGACGCGCUGGGAAAUCCAGAUGCUGGAAGUCCCUCUACUGUGACUGAGCCAUCACUUGGGGCAGGAGGCUCAAUUCAGAGUGGCUCAGAAGCACAGACUGAAGAGAGGGAGGACAGUGGUGCAGCUCUGAGAGAGAGCAGGGCAAGGCAACGAGCUCCUGUCAGCCUAGAGGAUUCCGGCUCUUUGCCCUUUCUGCGACUUGCACAUUUCUUCUUGCUCAAUGAUGAAGAUGAUGAUCAGCCCAGGGGCCUCACCAAAGAGCAAAUCGAUAACCUUUCCAUGCGCAAUUUCGGUGAGAGUGAUGCACUCAAGACCUGUAGUGUCUGCAUUACAGAGUAUGCUGAAGGCAACAAGCUUCGCAAACUUCCCUGCUCACAUGAGUAUCACGUGCAUUGUAUUGACCGUUGGCUUUCAGAGAAUUCAACUUGCCCCAUUUGUCGCAGGGCAGUCCUUGUUUCUGCCAACAGAGAGAGCGUUGUUUAGACUCCUGUCAUACUUCAUACUAUUCUUUCGCCUUACUAUAACAUUUGGUACCUGCAGACAUGCAAACGCAAACUAUGUUAGAGCAUCAGAUUGAUGAGAUGUGUAGAGUACAUUUACAGAGACACUUCACUUAUGCUCAAAUCCAGACUUUUAUCUCCUGAAGGUUCCAGUGAAAUAGUAAAUGUUAUUUAUCCAAAAUGUUUGAUUACAUUGCAAUGAUUAAGAAUUAAGAACUAAUCAUUUGUGCUUAUACGUUAGACUGGGUGCAAUCUGAUUAGAUGGAAAUCAGGCAUUCUGAUAGUUGAAAGAUAUAUUUAUGUACAAUUUAUUGCUUUUGGAUUAUCUAAAGAAUUGUUUUGAUCCAUUGUAAUUGUAAUUUGGACACCAUUUUAGGUUCUCAGCAAAAGUUAUUAGCAACAUUUUUCUUCAGUAUACAUAAGUGUAAAAAAGAUGUAAUGCUAUUAAAUGAUCUAUAAGUGAGUUUUCAGUUUGGCCAACAAGAACCUUUACUUCAGAUAAGGACUGUGUUUCCUCAAACAUCAAUUAAGCCUAGUCUAAUAUACUGUCAAUGGGAGUUCUUAAAAAUCCAUUUUAGCCAUGAUUUAAUCUGACAUAAUUAGACUAGGCUUUUGCUGAGAACAUCUCUCACUGAAUUUUGUAAAGAAGGCGUGUUCCUGAGUUUUGCUGCGUGAAAAAUUGAUCAAAUGUGAGUUUCAAGCCCUAUAAUGCCACCACGCUGUAUUUACUCCCAAGGCUUUUCAUCUUAACAGUGGUCGUUCAAGAUACUGACUCAAAUCACUUCAUAUUUCAGAACAAGUUAAAGGACUUGCAUAUCACAGAUGCUAGUACAACAUGUACAAAAGAAGAAUUUGAUCUGUAUAAACUUGGUACAGACAUGAAGGUUCAAGUUUAAAUUGAAGAGUUAUCUCCUGGAAACAAAGUUUCUCUCCAUCUUCUGUAUAUUGCAGUAGCACUACUCUGUUGUGCCGAACUGAAACAAUGAAGGUUAUUUCUUCAUAUUUGUCCGAUAGUAGGUUUUUAAUGUAUUUGGUAAAUAAAGUUUCUGGUUGAAGAGUACUGAAGAAUAAGUAAAGACAGACAAAAGCAAUCAUAAAGUCAUCUUAAUUCUUCUAAAGUGGAGUCCAUUCCCAAGUAUUCUCUCUGACUGGCCACAGCAGGAUUCUUUUUUUUUUUUUUUUUUUUGCACUAUUGGCAUGCAGCCUCAGAUGUCCAUCAAUGCAGCCCAAUAUAGUUCAGAAUGUUUUAUAAAUUUGCAAGUUGCAUUUUAGUGAACAGGGUGGUGUUGCUUUUUUUUUUUUUUUUU